UCAAUAUCCAACGGGUUGCCAAGCCGCCACGCGCACUCGCUGCGAAGUAUCGUUCCAGCGCAAGUCCUUCUCAAAUGAACGAUAAAUAUAGUAAAUCAUGGCUACGAGAUUAGGAGCGGCCACCUUGCUCGCACUCGCGUUCGCGCGAUUCACAAUCGCACUCGAGUAUCGCAGCAAAAUGGUCAAUCAGAGGAUCAGCUACUUCGAGAAUGCCUACUUGGACGUGGACGUCAAGUUUUACGGCGACGAGGGCUAUCCGUACUUGACGAUGCUGGAGGACGUCACGCCUUACAACGACCUGCACCUGAUGGUGUUCGCGAGAAGACUCGACGGACAGCCGAUACUGUUCUCGCGCUCCCCCGUCAGCCUGUGCCAGCUGCUGCACGACGCCAGCGCGGCCAGCAGCGAGGAGUACCUGUCGUCGCCGAUGGCGCGAUUCGGCUUCCCGCAGAUUUUCAAUUUUAACGGGAUGCUCUGCCCGAUCGAGCAGUCGACGAUCCGCCUGUCGCCCUACGUCUUCCCAGCGAACUUCACUUUCGACGAGAGCCUCGGCUGCGGUUACAGGAUCGUCGAGGCUCGCCUGAUGAAGUGCGCCGAGGAAACGACCGAGGGUGUGCGCGACUGCGAGACCCUGCUGAAGAAUGUGCUGCACGCCUACGUCGAGCACGAGCACUGUCAGAGCGAUGCCCAGGACGGCGUGCCCGAGUCGGAGGGCAACUGGAUCCUCGAUAAAGUCGUCGAAGCGAUGAAGACGUUUUGACGCUUCGCGUCCUUUUAGUGGCGCUUCUUCGACGUAGAAUCGCCGUAGAAAUUCGAGCGCAAAGUUCAAUUCGAGCACGGCCACGGCACGAGAGAACAGUAAACAUACCAAAAUGUAUCCACACGAUUGUUCAAUAAACUUCAACUUU